AAUCCCGUCGCCUGUGGCCAUCCCUUUUGUCGGCCAUGUGCAUCGUCGUUGCAUCGUUCAAAGUGUCCUCGCGAAUCCCGGCCGGCCGGCCAAUAGGCGCGCACUCGACGGUGUCACGUGACCGGACCGGGCCAAUGAACGCGUAGGGAUUUGAAAUCGUGCGUGGUCUUUGUUCACACGAGCCAGCCGUGUCAACGUUACUUCACAGUUCCGUAAAGGGGGCCCCCGUGUCUCGGUGUUCCGUUCAUGCAUGGUGCGCCGCGCUGCCGAAAAUCCGCGCGAGUCCCAACCGUGAAAUAUAUGUGUGAAAGUGGUGUUACGACAGGAGGACGACGUGCUUCAAGGAUCGUCGAACACACGCCAGGUGAAUGUUGGAUACGGAGAGCAGGCACAGUACUGGGCUGGAUCAGGGACCGUCAAGGGACCCCUGGCUCACGAUGGAUUACUACCUCGGCACAGACAGUCUGUCCCUCCAGGAGAUGCUGGACGUGGACAUUAAAUGCGAGAUCGAGGGCGUAAUCGGCGGUCACCCUGAGUUGGGCUUCAAUUUCACGGACAUGUCCACCUUGGAGAUGGACGACGAUCCGAUCGGUUGCCAGAACGAUCUGAGCGGAUGGUUCGGGUCCACCAGCUUGCUGAACGGGAACAGCAACAGCUCAAACAGCAACUUCAAUUUGGAUCUGAGCGGCGGCGACGCUGCCUCCAUAAUGGUGAAUCCGAAUUCGGUGAUGCCGCACAUUGCGGUCCGUAGCCCGACGCCGAGCAACGCCAGGCGGCAUUUCGCGUUCUCGCCGAAGAGGGACAUCAAGGAGGAGAGGAUCGACGUGGAGGACGACGACGAGGAGGACGAGAACGAGGCUGGCAGCUGCACCGAGAACGAGAACGACAACGAGCAAGAGCAGGACAUCGAGAACGACACCGAGACCGAGCAGUACGAGAACGACAUCACGGAAACGGAAGAUGACACCGAGGACGAGCAGGAGAUCGCGAAACCGGUGACGCCGACCAAGUCGAAAACGGUGGUCGCGAUAACAACAGCGAAGACCACGUCACCGCAGUUCGCCAGGACCCCACAGACGACCACCCCGAAAUUGAACGGUGUCCAGAGCAUCAGGGUACAGAACUUCAAGGUGCUGCAAAGUCCGAGCCAAACGUCCCAACACUUACGGAAACAGAUCUACAAUAAUAAUGUACACGUCAGCCCGGGAACGACUGCCACGGUCGCAGCAGUGAUGAAACGGGAGAAGGAGUUCGAUCUGUCCGACUACGACGACAAGGCGUACCCUAAACCAGCGUACUCUUAUUCCUGUCUGAUCGCCAUGGCGUUGAAGAACAGUCAGACCGGCUCUCUGCCCGUGUCAGAGAUCUAUAAUUUCAUGUGCGAGCAUUUCCCGUACUUCAAAACGGCGCCGAACGGCUGGAAGAACUCGGUCAGGCAUAAUCUGUCUCUGAACAAGUGUUUCGAGAAGAUCGAGAAGCCAGCUGGGAAUGGGAACCAGAGGAAGGGCUGCCUGUGGGCGAUAAAUCCGGCGAAAGUGGCGAAAAUGGACGAGGAGGUGCAGAAAUGGUCCAGGAAGGAUCCAUUGGCUAUCAAGAAAGCGAUGAUCUGUCCAGAUCAUUUGGAGCUCCUCGAAAGAGGCGAAAUGAAGUAUGCUGGCAGCGGGGACAUGUCGGAGGAAACUGAAAGCUCGGGUGACGAGGCGGUCGAGGAGAGCACGACCUACGACGAGUCCGUUCACAGUCAUAUAGCUGCGAACUCUGUGACAGACAGUUACGACGAGAGCAGCCAGGACUGUGAUAUCGAUAUCGUGGAGCAUCUGUACGACGAGAUCGACAUAGAGGACAAUAAGGAGGCGUUGCACAUGCAGCUGAACAUCUCGAAGCAGGAAGCGUUCGAGUACGAGCUCAGCCCGAGCACGAAGAGGCAGAAGACGUUAACAGGAGCGAUACAGGGAAAUUACGUGUAUCAACCAGUGACCACGUCCAGGAGAAAAACUCCUCUCUUACUGCGAGCUGGGGCUGGUAAUGGCUCGUUCCUUAAGAUAGAUUGAACUCAGGCUCGGUUAAGUAAGACUCUUAAAUUUCUAGUUUUAUAUAUAUAUGUAUAUGUAUCCAUCGACAUAACACGAGCCGGCGAGAACGUGAAUCUAUCUAUAGGGAAAAUAGAGAGGAAGACAGUUGACACCGUAUGUAUACGUUAUGAUCGUUAAGGAGAUUCC